CAGAUCCAAAUUUAUUAUAUAUAUACCGGACAAAAUAUAUAACACACAAAUCAAAAAUUGAGAGAGAGAGAGAUGGGUUUUGAAAUGAAGGUUUAUGGUUGGAUUGCAAUAACCAUUUGUAUGAUGAUGUGUCUUAAUCCAUGCAUCUGUUUGGAAGAAAGAAAUGGAGAGAGAUGCAAUUUAUAUGAAGGAAGUUGGGUUUACGAUGAAUCUUACCCUCUUUAUGAUUCUUCAAAAUGUCCUCAUAUUCGUUUGGAAUUUGAUUGCUUGAAAUAUGGCAGAACUGAUACACAGUAUCUCAAAUAUAGAUGGCAACCAACUAACUGUGACCUACCCAGCUUUAAUGGAAAAAGUUUCUUGGAAAAGUUCAAGGGAAAACAAAUAAUGUAUAUAGGAGAUUCAGUGAGUCUGAACCAGUGGCAAUCAUUUAUAUGUAUGCUUCACUCAAGUCUACCUAACACAACUGUAACACAAGUGGGUGCUGAACCCAUCACAAACCACACAUUCCAGGUUACUCAUAGAUUCCACCACAAAUCAUUGUUGCAAAAAAAAAAGUACUUUUUUAUGAUAAAUUCAAGUACUUUUCCAAUAUUUCUGCAGGAGUAUGGAGUUUCAAUUAUUAUCUAUCGUACGACAUAUUUGGUCGACAUCGAAGUGGAAGAAAUCGGCAGAGUAUUGAAACUUGAUUCUCUUAAAGGUGGAAGCAUAUGGAAAGAAAUGGAUGUUUUGGUUUUCAACACCUGGCUUUGGUGGUACCGUAGUGGACCCAAACAACCAUGGGAUUAUAUUCAAAUAGGUGAUAAAACAGUUAAAGAUAUGGAUAGAAUGGAAGCUUUUAGAACUGGCUUAACAACUUGGGCUAAAUGGGUUGAUACAGACGUUGAUACAACCAAAACCAAAGUUUUUUUCCAAGGAAUUUCUCCUAUGCAUUACCACGGGGAAGAAUGGAAUGAGCCGGGAGUAACGAAUUGUGCGAAAGAGACGACACCGAUAACUGGAUCAUCGUCAACUCGUGGAUUACCGAAAGCAUCAUAUGUAUUGGAAAGUGUUUUGGAGGAAAUAACAAAUCAUGUUCAUCUUCUCAAUAUUACAGCUCUUUCGGAAUUGAGAAAAGAUGGUCAUCCUAGCUCUCAUAAUGGCUUCCAUGGCAUGGAUUGUACACAUUGGUGUGUGGCCGGGGUUCCAGAUACUUGGAAUCAGCUUCUGCUGGAAUCAAUUAUGAAUUAGGAUUAAUUGAUUUCCAAUGGUUUAAGUAUAUAUUGUUACAUAGUAUAUGAAGAAGAAAAAUUAAACUAGUGGUCACAUAUAUAAACAGUUUAAUCAAAAGUUACAAAUAAACAAAAGAUGUUGUUAGGACAUUCUAUUUUGUAGUAAUGCAAAAUCUCAUUAUUGAUGAAAUUAGUAACAUAAGAGAGUCAACUUUGAUUUAUAAGUUUAA